GGAUCCAACAAUGGGCGUGCUCUGAGGGUUAAAUCUCGCCGCUUAACAUCUCCGAAGUCCUGUUAGCCGGAGACGCCUGAGCGCGCCUUGCGGGACUCUCGCCGCGCUCACCUGCCUCAGGUAGUCCGCGGGCGGCGUAACACCACAGACAUUACCUCUGGCCUUUUAUUCGAGGUUGUAGUGCUAAUUCUCUCGUUGAAACAGUGUUGCCAUGUGUUGCUGCUGAUAAUUGAGGGUUAGAUGCUUAGAAACAAGAGGUGUUACUAUGGAAACGGAAGAACGGAGAAUUAUAAGUUAAAGUAAAGUGGGGAGGCGACAGCAGCAGAGCGGAGCGAGGCCGCGCUCAGAACCAGUCUCGGGAGGUGUGGCGCCUGACGUGUUGCUCCCGCCUCACGCUGCCGCUUGUGGAGAGAAUAAUAUGGUGUUUCGUGAAGUAUAAACUACUGAUCUGCAUAGAUAAAGUGCUCUUGCAUUAUGAAGUAAGCGGAGGAAACGAACAUGUGAAAGCAUAAGAGUUUCUGUCCACCGUGCGCCUUAGCGGUCUGUGAGGAACACCGUUACGUGAAGUGUAAACAGGAGGACCUCAGGUGAUCUACGAGCGAAGGGUCCAGCGCGGCUGAGCAGCGGUGCGAUGAGUGGGAGCUACUGCAUUUAUAGACAGAAAAUGGGAAGGAGACUGUCUGCGUGGGCCUGCGUGCGCACCGUCUCAACCUUCUUCCUUGGCUUCGGCUUGGGCCUCGUCAUUCACAUUUUCGCCAGCCUGUCUGUCGAACUAGCAAGAGAAAACGCCAUAAAUGAAUGACAUCACCACGAACAACACCGAAACGAAGGUGGGCGGCUCGUGGGCGUGGGGGCUUUCCUGGGGGCCGCGGGCGGCUUUGACCACACAGGGAGUGGGAGAUGCAAGCAGUGUCAGCAGUCAAGACGCAAGACUAGAGGUCCCACCAGCCGGUCCACGUGUCCUGUGUUAUGUACUGACUGGUCCCACGACACACAAAUCAUCACUGAAUGUACGGAAUACUUGGGGCCGACGCUGCGAUGCCAUGGUUUUCUUUAGGUGAGAGUGUCCAUUGUUUAUACAGACAGAGGGAAGUUGUAAUGUUUACUCUUAUGGAUGAAUGUCGAAAUGGACUCAGUUCCUUUGCUAUUUUCAUCACGAAUGAGAUGAAAGUUUGUUGUAUAAUAUAGGAUCCUCUGUUGUUAAAGAAAAAAGGUAUGUCAUGGUAUAUAUAACU